UCAGGUCGCCCGCGAGUGUCGCGCCGCCAGGGGUGGGAGUCAUGAGGCCAGGUCAGGUCGCCUGGGUGAAGCAGCGCUUCGUCGCCACCAAUAUUAGGCAGGGUGUCCGGGAGCCAGACGUGGUCAUCCGCCUGACCUCGGCGAGCAGGAGGAAGAACAACGAGGUGUCGUACGACUUCCGCACAGGAGAGUACGAGGCCGUGUGUGUGGACGACCCGCUCCUCCACCUCCUCACCCUGCCCUCUCGCAUCGUCCACAGGAGCGAGGCGCCCCCAGCACCCCUCCUGCUCCCCCCAGCCCUCCUAGACACCCCAGCUGACUCAGACGGGGAGGAGAGCGAGGCGGGAGGCGCCCAGGACGACCUGUACCCGGAGGUCGUGUCCAAGGACGACCUCGCCAAGAUCGACGCACAGCCCAACCCUUUCAACUUUAGCGA